UAACAAAUUUAUCUAAAGCUAAGCAGUAAUUUUUAGAAUUUCUGGAUUACAAACACAUCUAAAAGAUGUCAAGCAAAAGCAUGAAAGUGAACUUCAAAGCUUGAAGAAUGAAGUUUCUGAACUAACUCAAAAGAAGAAGAAAUUGGAAGAAACAAUGAAUAAAACUAAAACUCUCGUUAAAAAUAUGAAAAAACAAAGCAAAAUUCUAAUAAACAGUUUGGAACAAACGGUUGAUCCGCAAGAUUUGGCAAAGGAAAUGAAGGAACUUCUUGAAAAAUAUUCGCGUUUAACAGAAUUAAUUACUAAUACUGAUGAACUUUUGGUUAAGAUACAAAGUGAACCUUCAGGAAUAACAACUGAUUCUAAAGAAAUGCAUGAAAUGAUUGAGAGUUUAAAAGAUCAGUUACAAGAAAAUAAUCAAAAAUAUGAAGAUUUGUUUGAAGAAAAGAAGGAUGCGGAAUCUCAACUUGAUGAUCUACGUGAAAAACUUCGCAACACGUCUAUUCGGAUAACUGAAUUGGAAGAAGAAUUGAUGAAUGCGAGAAAAGUUGAAAAAAGAGCACUUGAAAAUUUGGUUAAAGAAAAUGAAGGAUUAAGUAAAAAGAAUAAUCACUUGAAGGCAAGUUUGAAGCAGCUGAAGAAUAAACUUAAAGAAAUCGAAGAAUCAGCAAAGAGCCAAGCUAAAGAAUAUAUCUGUUCGAAAUGCCAAGCAGUAUAUGAACCCACACCUCCAACAAAUAUCAGUAAUGAACUCAGUGCAAUAAGUAAAUCGUUGCGUGAACUUUGCGAGGAAUUAAAUCAUCAGAGGGUAAUGGAUAUCCUUAUGGAUCAAAGCAAGAAAGCGGAGAAAGCAGUGGAAGAAAGAAAGCAAUUUUUGGCCGAUACUUUUGCGAAAAUAACUGCAUUACAAACAGAAAUUUUGGAAACUGUUAGCGAAGAACGGACAGAAGUCUCUGAAACAAAUAUUGAUCAUACGAAAACGAUGGAAGAGUUUGAGACAGUUCCUCGUUUGGAUUAUAAUCAACCAGUCGAAUGA